UAUGAGAAAGGUCUCGCGAUACUCAGAGAUUGUCAAGCUCCAAGAAGAGUAGAAAUCGGAAAGGGAGGUAGCAAAAUAUCUGUUUUUUGUAGUGUUGUAAACGAGUAACGUAUAAUUUAAUAUUGAUUGCAUUGUUUAUAUAUCAACCCAAUCAUUCUUUUAGUUGUACAUCAAUUAUUGUUCAGUGAGAUUUUAUAGUACGCGACCACAGAGUUCAAAUUGUAUGUGUGUGGUGCUAACUGUUAGCUGAUAGGCUAACUAGUACAGCCAUUGAAGCAAUGGCGUUGAAAAGAAUUCAGAAGGAACUCUCAGACCUGCAGAGGGACCCUCCUGCCCAGUGCUCUGCUGGACCUGUUGGAGAUGAUUUGUUUCACUGGCAGGCAACAAUAAUGGGUCCAAGCGACAGCCCAUAUCAAAGUGGAGUGUUUUUUCUCACCAUUCACUUCCCAACAGAUUAUCCUUUCAAACCACCAAAAGUUGCAUUUACAACAAAAAUUUACCACCCUAAUAUCAACAGUAAUGGAAGUAUUUGUCUGGAUAUACUGAGGUCACAGUGGUCACCUGCACUCACAGUAUCAAAAGUUUUAUUGUCCAUCUGCUCUCUUCUUUGUGAUCCAAAUCCCGAUGACCCACUGGUACCAGAGAUUGCCCAUACAUACAAAGCUGACAGAGAAAAGUACAACAAGUUAGCAAGAGAAUGGACGCAGAAGUAUGCAAUGUGAAAACACCAGCAAUAUCAAAACACAGUUGAGAACAAAAGAACCAAAUGAGCAACAAAGGGGAAAACAAACAAAUAAAACCGUUACAACUCUCAGUGAGGUACAGUGCCAGUUGGCUGUUUGUGUGCUGAUCUGCUACCAUGUGCUGUUCUUCAUGACCUGUGUGGAUCUGCAGAGAAGAACCCAACGGACUCUUCAAAGCACUCCCACGCGGAACACCGGAAUUUCCUCCAUUCCCUAAAAAGCCACACUCAAGACUUAAAACCAUUUAUCCGUGCUGUUGUCGUCAUCAUUGUUGCAAUUCACAUGCUUCAUUUUCUGUAUCCGUGAGUCAGGUCAUUGUGCUCCUGGGAUGCAAACAUUUUGAAUUGGGGGAGAUCUGCUCUCCAUUCGCUCAGAGUACCAUCGGCAUGGAACUGGAUGUCGUGUUCUGACUGUGUUUCCAUGUUUUUAGAGGCCUUUCUGUGUUCCGUUUUUGGUGUAUGUGCAAUUGAGACAAAAGCCCCCCCACCCCCCCUUUUUUUUUCAGUGCAAAAUGGUGCGGUGCCAUUACCAGCAGCUUACCUGUUGGCACUUAACUGUCUCUACCCUGAAACAAUGUGAAAUGAGUAAUCAGGAAUGGCUUUUGAACAUCAACGCCGUGAAACAAAAAGAAACACUGGAGGGCUGCCAAAAAGCCACCUGGGAUUUGCUGUGGUGGGUGAAACCCCACCUAUUUUCCCUGCACAUAUGAUUUCCUUCUCAUGCAUGGCGAGCAGUGGUAUGUUCAUCACACACCGUAUGCAGCAGUCAUUUCACUACUAAUGUGUGGCUAUGGAAAUAGUUACCUUUUGGCAUGAAGCUUAGCUGUUUGCCUCCUCAGUACAGUUACUCAGGUAUCUAAUCAUAUCAUCAGCCUUGAACGUGCACUGGCCCAUGUUAUCAAGCCUCUUUAAAGAAAAGCCUGGCUCUACGAGUUGCAUUCAUGCUUAGUAAGAAUGAACUCUUAUUUUUUUUUUUGUUUUUUUUAUCCAGGUCUCCAUUUUCAUUUUUCUUUGGAACGAUCCCACAAUCUUAGCUUUCUAGAAGUCUUUUGUUUGGAUGAAAUGGCCUCUGAUGUCACAGUCCCUUGUUUGAUAGUUGGGGGCUUUAAAAAUCCUUGGCAUCUUGCAGAAUCAACUAUUUUAAGUUAAUUAUAGUAACAAAAUAAUGCAGUAUAAUGUUAAAAGACUUGUUAGCUUUUUUGACAGGUUUAAAUUCUUUAUCUUUAAUAUAUAUAAGAGCACAUUUUGCUUCAUUUGGAAAGAACAUGGUAAAACCUAUAUGCUUUAGACAUUUAAAUGUUAAGUUUAAACUCCCCCCCCCCCUCAUUUGGUUCAUAUGGAGCAUAAACGUGUUAUUAUGUAAUAACUUCAUUGUAAGUGCUGGAAUAUUUACUUAAGUUGUCACUCUAGAAUUCUGAUGCUGCCAACAUAAAGGGAAUUAUUGGGUUGUUUGCUAUUGAAGCUGAAGAGAUUUCAGUUCAUAAAAUAGUUGAGCAUGAUGGAUUUUUAGAAUUUUUAUUGAAAAUAGUGACAUGAUUUGGGUUCUGUAUAUGGAUUGUUUUCGUCAGCAAUGGCUGCUGAAGCAAAUGACAACAGCCUCACUUUCCUCAAAAGCAGUAUGUUGACAUGUUAUUUUCUCUGAACGCAAAAGCUUCAAGAUCUUAGACGUAUUGCAGUUGUUUCCGUCUCUGUGUGCGUUAACGCUCGUUAAUCUGGACCCUUGAAUGCAGCUUGAGUUCACAAUGCAGGUCAUGAUUCAUGGACUCCCCCUGUCCAGUGUGCUUGCUCGGGUUCACAUCGGCAUGCUUUGCACUCUGGAGAACCUUUUCACAGCCAUUUUUUUUCAGGCAUCAGGGAUUUCACUACAAUUCAUCUGCCUAACACCUCAAACAAAAUUUCUAGCCUUAACCCUCAUUUUGUAUUUUUAGACCAUGUGUCAUAGACUGUAACUCUGCCUAUAGGGCUGUGAUAGAAAUGGAAACUCGAUUGGAACGGCUCCAGUACGUGAACUAGUCUGAAUGCAGACCUAUACUCAAGACAUUUAAGUUUGGAAUUCAACUGUUUUGACUGCCAUCAACAUACAAGUCUUCAAACAGUAUUGAGUAGUAACAGACAUUGUUAUAACAAGAAUAAAAGUCAUCUUGGUUUUUGUUUGUCUGUAGUGGUUUUUUUUUUAAUUUAAAAAAUCUGCCACUUGAUUAUUAGUGAGACGGGAUGAGUCGAUGCUUUCCAAAUUUAAAGAUGAUCAUUUUAGAUCAUUGAGACGAAAACAAAAAGUCUGUUACUUGAAGAAUUGAAAGAAAAAUAUAUCUGUUGUGUUCUAACAAAGAGAAACAUCCUCAUGAAAUUGAAAGGCUCAAUUAUUAUCAACCAUUAAUUGAAACUAUAGAGUUUUGUAAUUCAUGUUGUCAUCACAGGAGCUGUAACCAUAACAAGCUGAUGUUAAACGUUUACACUUAUAUUUGCAUCAUUUUCAUUUUCCCUCCUAGCCAAACUGUUUUUUUUUUUUAAUGAAUUGAUAUCAAGGAGACAGAAUUCCUGUUUAUAUUUUAUUUUUUGUGUUACAAGUCAUUGAAUUUGGAUGAAGGAAGGUAAAGGAAACAAAAAGCCAACAUUCUGAAAAUCAAAUAUUACAAAACAAAUGUGUAUUUGGUUUAAAGGUAAAGGUCUAUAUAUAUAUAUCUGACAUUUAAAUGUGUAACACUUGACACUGUUAGAGAUUUUAGUGUGACUAAUGAUUGCAUCGGUUUCUCAUUACAAAUAUGUUCUGGAUGUAUUUACAACAACAACUAAAGAGGUCAUUUAAAUAUGAUUCUUUUAAUAAACACAUUCAUGCAGCCA